AUGGAAACCAAGACUGAAACCGCUCGUGCCGACGAAGUGUACAGUGCUCCGCGCAAACAGGGUGGCAUAAUCAACAAAUUGUAUCCUCCCGGUCCGCAGCCAGGUGCAAAGGGACGAGUCAAGAACCACUGCAGGAAGUUCUGGUGGUGUGACUGUCUUGUCUUUGCCAUCAUUGUCUUGAUCGUCGUACUGCCCAUCAUCUAUGUGGCCAUACCCAACAAAGCACAAGACGAAAUCAACAAGUCGACACUGGAAGUCACAUCACAAGAAGUGACCAGCCCAACAGAGAAUGGUGUCCACUUGAAGUUAGAGUCUGUGAUCAGGUCUGAUAGCAGUUACCACCCUACCAUUGACAGUUUCCGUGCUGCUCUGUCUCUCGACGGCCAGGAUCCGUUCAUCCACAUUCAGAUUCCUGAAGCAAAGUCAGAAGCCGAGACUCGCGUCUCCGUCGACCAAGAUGCAGAGUUCACUUCCCUGGAAGCCUUCACUGCAUACACCAAGACCGUUUUGGGCGCUGAGACAUUCAACGUCAAUCUCAGAGGCAAAACCAACAUCCACCUCAAAGGCCUCCCAACGAUGGACGUCGACUACAACAAGGUCGUCUCAAUGAAGGGCCUUAACAAGCUCAAGGGCUUGAACAUCACCUCCAUCAAACUCCUCUCCGGCCAGUCCGAGCUCCUGGCCGACGGCUCCAACAUGGUCGGCGAAGUGUACAUCCCCAACCCCUCCGUCAUGACCCUCGACCUUGGCAACGUCACCAUGAACCUCGCCAUCGACAGCACAAGCAUCGGCACUGCCCUGCUGCCCAACCUCGUCCUCAAGCCCGGCGACAACAACGUCCCCAUGCAAGCAAAAAUUCAGCCCCUGGACGUCCUGAGCCUCGUGCAGACGAAAUACAAAAACGCAAUUGUCCCGCUGUCAAUCACAGGAAACUCGACGGUCAGGAACGGCGUGACUCUCAAGUACUACGAAGACGCGCUGAAGAGUAAUACCGUCAAUGUGGAUUUGAACGUUGGGCCGGCGCUGAGCACAUUGGGAAUUAAUAUCACGCAGAGCUAA